AUGGGACGGAGGCGGGCGCAGUUUAUUCUGGCGAGGCUUGCGAGGCAGCACCCGGAGCUGCACAAAAAUGUCAUGCGGGAUGUAGAGCGUUUAGAGCGUGAGGCGCGUAGCGGCACUUCGUGUGAGUCGCGACUGGCGUCAAGUGCGCGUGUGUUGUUGCGACUGUUGCGUGUGCACAGUGAACUACGGCCGUACAUUGCACAAGGGAAUCCUACAUGUGUCCCUGCCAUGUUGACCAGGAUAGGCACCCACGUUGAACGGAGUAGCAGCAACAACAGCAAUAAAAAUAACAACGAUGUUAAUAAUAAUAAUAAUAAUAAUAAUAAUAAUAAUAAUAAUAAUAAUAAUAAUAAUAAUAAUAAGGAUGAUGUUUAUGAAGAUGACGAUCAUGUACUUCUGAGCCUUGUGUCUGUUCUCGAGGCUUCAGGGACACUCAGCGAUACAAUGAUGGAGGGACUCAGCAAGAACCUCUCAGCAUGCGUGUCAUUGAUCUUUACACGCAAUGUAGCUGUCGCUCAACUCGCAGGAACGCUCAUUGGUAGAACCGUACGGUUAGCCUCUGACGGUGAGAAGCUUGCAGCGCGGCUGCUCAUCGAUGAAGACUUUUGGCGUCAAUUCGACAAUCUCUUCUUUGGUGAUGGGCCGGACGCACACAUGCAUGAAGAUACAUCCGGUGUUCUUGCUGUCUGUCUCAUGUUGCUGCGCGCAUGCUGUGGGGUUCAUCUUGCAGGGCGCGGUCCAGUUAUUUCGCGAUUGCAACAAUUGUGCGCUCAUGCCAGUCUGCGGAACGAUGAGCAGUUAAGGAAUGAAUUGCUGCUUCUUCUUGUUGUACUCCGCUUUAACGCAGAAGAGGCGGAUCCAUGUGUUGAUGAAUGCUUUAACCUAUUGACAGCUCCUAAUGCUGAUAAUACUACCCAUACAUAUACCGACAAGAGUGACACCAACAACGAUAACAAUGACAAUACCAAUGAAACUGAGAGUGAUAAGGAGAAAAAUGAGAGGAGUGCGUUACGAACGUUUAGUGAAGCACUUGGAGGUGUGGGCGGUGAUGAAAUUCCCACUAUGGAAUUUAAAAAAGCGCUUGACUCAUUGCAAAAGGAUCAAUUUGAUACUGCUGCGCGAUUGCGAGACCUUCACACGAUUGCAAGACUUCUCUUUCGUCCUCCAACGCCAGCGGGUGUGGCAGCCGCUUUGCUUUUGUUAUUGCCAAGUGCUCUUAAGAGCGUUUUUGCAGCGGCCAGCGGUGUGGAUGAGAAUGUGAGUGCGUACGCCUGUACAAUUCUUGCAGCUGCGAUUGAUGGGGAUGGAGUAACACCAUGGGUGACGACAGAAGAGCGAAGUCAUCAGCAGCGGCCACAACAACAAGAGAAGAGUGUAAAGGAAGAGCAACAAGAACAUGGUGCUUGUAACUAUGAAAAGUGCCAAUAUGAGGGUUUUGAUCCUUCAUAUUUUCAAAAGUGUUUGGUAGAGGACUUCUUUAGACUUGGAGGUGUUGUACUUUUGGAAGAUUUACUCACGGAUUACAGUAACGGGGUUGUGUUAGCAGCAGUGCGACUGCUACAAUCUCUCUUGCGUUUUUCAAAAGAAGCAUACAAUGUUAUAUUGGCAUCAAGGUGUAUUGAUAAUUUAUGUGGAGCUUUAGAGAGUAUCAGCCAAGAUGAGGGUCUCUCUGGAGUGGUACAACGUCCUGAUGGUAAGGCUUUGUUGCUGCUUGCACUCAAUACAUUCACGCUCUUGGAUGCUGAGGCAAUGCGACUGGUACCAGAAAACGCUCUCAGUUGUAUAGGAACAAUUGCAACAGAAGCAAAAGAAGAUGUUGGAGUACUCGCUGCUGCUAUUCGUGCUCUUUCAUUACUUGCAGCAGUGUAUCCAAUGGCAGCCACCCUAGUGCUAGACUACGAGUAUAUACAUAGUGUGCUUACAUCUAGUAUAAAUGAUAACCUUAGUGAUUUGGAUGCUAUUUUUAUUAUUGGCUCUUUUGACAUCAUGUCUUCUAUUGUUUCCAGACAACCUUCCUGUGUUACCUUUGAGUGGAUUGAGACACUAAUGUUAGCAUCACGGCGGGUGCAAGACUGGAAGGAAAGUCUCCCUGGUUAUGCCCACGCAUUUUGGGGACUUGUACUAGAGACAGUCAAAGCUUCAGAUGAUGGAAGUGCGUAUGUAUUUGAAGAUGAGGAAUUCGUUGAACUAUUACUUGGCGCCUUGACACAAUGUUGUUCUCAGUUGUUGCCAGUAAAUAGAUUUAAAGAAACCGAACAUGAUAACACGUCUGAUGAUAUUUCUAAAGAUAAACGACGUAGACAAGCAUUUGAAUUGCUUCCACUAUUAGUAAAUCUGACGAAACAUAUGCCGUUAUUUCAAAAUCGACAGAAACUAACGGAUUGUUAUAUUCUUGAAGCUCUCUCACUUUUAGUUGCUGCCCGAGAAGGAAAUGUCUCACCGGAUUUUAUAAUUGACGUUGUACUUUCUGUUAUUGACAGUGAUACACUCUGGAAUGUCGCAAUCGAUAUUCUUAGUAAUGCUACUCCACAUGUUGUAACGAGUUUGUUGGAACGGGUGGAUUCCUUUGUUGCAGGUGUAGGUGCAGUAUCAUCAAAAACAGUUCCCCAAGAGAAUGUAGAAUCAACAGCCGAAAUGGAAGGAGAAUUAUUAAUACCAGUAGACACAGAUAAUAAUACACCACAGGAGGAAGUCCCUAAAAAUGAUUCUGAAUUAAAGGUUUUCUCGGUUACAGUUGCCUUGCUGAGCGCUUUGGUAAAUUAUAGUGAGGCGAAACGAACCACUGCAACACUUGAGUCAAUUAAUAAACUCGUAAAAAUGGCACUCCAGUCACCUGGCGAUUCUAUUUUGCUGUCAUCAGUGUAUGCAUGUAUACUGAGGUCAUUUUCUGGAGUGAUGUGCAUAGGAAAAGAUAAUAUGAUACAGGCAGCUAGACAAUUGUGUUCUGAAGAGCAAAUUGUUGAAUUACUUUCACAUCAUCUGAAUUCAUUGAAAAUGGAUGACAGUGAAAAAGAGUUUUCUGGUGCUCUGUACAAUGUAUUACAAAAACUACAUGAAUUACAGAAUAUUUCAUCAUCGUCUUCAACGUUACGUGAACAAGUGUUCCUUAAGUUUACUUUGAAUCAUCUCCUUCGAGACUGUGGGGAACUAGUAUGCCGUUCGCUUUUUAUUAAUCUCUGUGCAAAUGAGUUUUUUUUACGUCAUAUGCUCGAAUCUCAACAGUCGGCUUACCGUACUUCUUUGAGCAUUGAUACCUUAUGUGAUAAUAGAAAUAGUAGUAUUAAUAAUGAUAAUGAUAAUGAUAUUCCUGUUACUGUUGAGGGUGUAAUGGAAAGUGGUGACGUAAUGCCACAGUUUGUUGAAGAAAGAAAAUGUGAUAAAACGGCAAACAAAAAACCCUUGUGA